GGUAUAAUUCUACCUUUCUCUUGUUAUGUCCUCACCUGAAACCUCACCCUCAGUUCCUAGCAAUUACAUCUUCCGAUUCCAAUUCUCUCUCCACCUUUCUUCCAAUUCUCUCUCUACCUUUCUUCCAAUAUUCCUUCAUUUUUCCAUCUCAAUGGCCAAUUCUGAGGAAUCAAAACCGCUUUUAGCAAAGCAAACAGAGGUCAACGAUGAAAAGAAAUCCGCCAAAACCACCACCACCACUGCACCUCCGCCGGCUGCGGCGCUGGUGAAGCAAUUGUCACCGCAGAUACUUGGUGGAGCUGCCUACGGGUGGACCGCCGAUGGUUUGCCGUUGGAUCACGGAAGCGUGGUGGGUGAGCCGAUGCGUAGGGCCCACUGGGAUUCGAGCCUCUGCGCUUGCCUUGGAAGAAAUGAUGAGUUCUGCAGUAGCGAUCUUGAAGUCUGUCUUCUUGGAAGUGUGGCCCCUUGUGUGCUUUAUGGAAGCAAUGUUGAGAGACUUGGUUCUGGUCCUGGAACUUUUGCAAAUCACUGCUUGCUUUACUCUGCUCUAUCCCUGAUCAGCAAUUCCCUUUUUGGCUCAAACUGCAUGGUUCCCUGUUUUUCAUAUCCUAGUCGUACAGCUAUUCGCCAGAAGUUCAACCUAGAGGGAAGCUGUGAGGCAUUUACCAGAUCAUGUGGGUGUUGUACAAGCUUCAUAGAGGAUGAGAUGCAGCGUGAGCAGUGCGAGUCAGUUUGUGAUUGUGCAACUCAUUUCUUCUGCCAUCAAUGUGCCCUUUGUCAGGAAGGUCGCGAGGUCCGUCGUAGGCUUCUUCAUCCUGGUUUUAGUGCCCAACCAGUUUUGGUUAUGAUUCCUCCAGUGGAGCAGUCCAUGGGUCGUGGGGCCUGAGUAUUUAUGCCCUGUGCACUUAUAUCGUAAUGUUUUAUGACACUAAAUAUUUUGAGAAACAAAAGUGCAGUACCUGAAUUGUGCUUGAAAGUCCUUUCACCUGGUUUGCUGAAUCAUGUAUAAGUAAAUUGUAUCGACAUGAAUUCAUUGUAUGUGUUGUGUUUAUAGUUUAUACAUAGUAUUUGGAGGUUCACAUCUUUUGUUUGCAGUAUGAAGCUAAGGAAAUGCAAAAUAAAGCUCGUUUCUUUUUUUCUUCUUGAAUUUC